CUGAGGGUGUUUACAUGAUGCUUCCUGGACUAUCCAAUAGAAGUCCAAAGUUUGAGGGAGAUUCAGUUCCUCUUUGCGAUAGAUAUCUUACCAUGAGAUGGUAUCGGGCAGGAACCUCUCAUCAGAUACCAACGACUCCACCCACCCUUUUUUCCUGCGGAACAUUGUACCCCUACUGGAUGGAUGGGUCAUUGCCUGAAGUCGGUUCCAUGGCUUCAGUCAAGGUGUGUCAAGUUGGAUUUGGUUUAACAUGUGAACGAUCCCAUACCAUCCGUGUGAAGAACUGCGGACUUUACUCUGUGUAUGAACUGACACCUCUUGCACUUUGCAAUUCUGCUUACUGUUUUGAAAAGAACAGAACAUGUGUAGAAGGUGAACUCGCUGAAGUCUCAGUGGCCUACCAUAAUGUGACUUGGAAGAGUUUUAUUACUAACAUUGACAUUAGAGGGAAAAACUCUCGGAUCGAAAAGCACGAACCUACGGUGAACAUGAUUUGCAAAUUUUCUUUAUUAAAUGAAAACAACCUUUUCUAUCAUAUAACAUGGUAUGUUGACAACACGGAAGUAAUAAGCAAUCAGACAGUGUCAGCAGAUGAAAAGGAGUCAGCGAUUCUUAGUGCAAGUGAUCUUCUUAGAGCAAAGAAAAAGGCAGGAUCAAAGAUUCAUUGCGUAGUUGGAGCGAAAUUCAAGGCUACAGGAUAUCCCUGUAAGACUAAGUCAAGCCCACCAUUUUUCGCUGGAGUAGAUGUAUCAACAACCAACCUAGAAAUAAAGCGAGGAAGUUCUGCGACUCUUUACAUUACAUUAACAAUUCCAUAUGCUGAUCAAAUCCUUAUUACUGAUAAUCCUUUUCAAUUACCAAAACUUGAUAUUUCUUUAAAUCUUCUUAAUAAAAAGGAUAGAUCAUUUGAUUGCGGUGAUGAGACAGAUUUAAAUAUCAAUUACUGUGGAAUAAAAGUACCCGCUUACACAUUCAGUGAGAGACAUAAAUAUGAAACAGAUGAAUGGAAGAAACCACACAAAAUUACAAUUAACAACAUGGAAGACGGUGAUUAUAAAAUUAACAAGCAUCUGACAUUAAGGUUAAAGACGGCAGCAACUCAAGGAGACGAGAACUCGCCGAGCAAAAUAUUUGAAGAUGUUUUUUUACCAGAUGUACAG